AAAGAAAUUUUCCUGAAAAUUGAAUUAUCUAUCUAUGGUUGGAUGAGUGUUUUGACGAAAUUUUAAUGUAAAGAAAUAGUUUUUUAAUGAAAAUGAUUUAUUUAAUAAGUAAUUUAUUCAAUUCUGGAAACAUCGGAUAAAUGGCGACGAGUAAAAUCGCGAAGAACUUCGUUUAUAUUAAACAACAAAUAGCCGCGUUGUUGAAGAGCACCAGCAACACAGUAAAAUGCAUUUGGUUAAUCGUUUUCGUUAGUUAUUCAUUUUCUUUUUUUGAAACUGCUGUCGAUGUGAUUAGUGUCACACCAGGAUAUAUUGUACCACCGCAUUUUCGAAUAUGGUCUGCGUUUACAUUUUGCUUUUUAGAACUCCAUUUUUGGAAUGUUUUAACCGAUAUUGUGAUGAUCGGAUUAUGUGGCAAAGUUAUUGAACCUCUAUGGGGUCCGGCAGAAAUAAUGAGUUUUUUCGUCGUAGUAAAUAUAGGAGUUGCUCUAUUCUCUUCUAUCUUCUACUUAUUCGCUUAUAUGUGUACUUCUUAUCCUUAUUACUUGUUUGAAGUUCAUAUUCACGGAUUAUCGGGUUAUGUUGCUGGGGUUACGGUAGCUGUGAAACAGAUAAUGCCUGACAUCCUCAUCGUGAAAACACCCUUAGGACGCAUCACCAACCGAAAUAUGCCUUUAAUGGUUCUCUUUUUUUCGUUUGUAUUUUGGUUCGUUGGAAUUUCUCAAAGCACCAAUACAGUAAUGAUGUCAUUUGGCGUCUACGUUAGUUGGAUUUAUUUGAGGUUCUAUCAAAGACAUUCGAGUGGUACAAUCGGAGAUAUGUCAGAAUCGUUUAACUUUGCCAGUUUCUUCCCAAGCAUUAUUCAACCGUACGUUGGAGUAUUGGCAAAUACCAUAUUCGAUUUGCUAGUGAAAACGAAAAUAUGUAAGAAACGAGUCACUAUUAUUGACCCGUCGAGCGACUUGACUAGUGUAACCGUUGACGCUUCGGGAGUUAAUCAUGAUAAAGAAAGAAGAAAACAAAAAGCGUUGAAAGCUUUGAGCGAACAUUUGAAUAAAACGGAUCGACCUCGAGUUGUAGGUGCAGUUAUACCACAAAAAAGUAUACCAUCUUCACCAAAAAAGAAAAUCGAUAGCCCACCUUACUCUGAAGACCACGCUCUGAUUUCUACUGCAUCUCAAGAAAACGAACCAUUGAUCUCAAAUGAACAAAAAUAACACAAAUAAUAUUGGAGUGUAAUUUCUGCUACUUCGAUUCAUCUGUUAAAUCUUUCACGCUUUCGAGUGGUUCUGCGUGAGUUCUUUCUUAUUAAAUUGAGAUUUCGCAACAAAAAAAAACAAAACAAAAAAACUCCUCAAUUUGUGAGAAAUUAAUGAGGAUUUUGUUUCACAUGGAAUAUUUCUUUCAAUAUUAUCUACUGUACAAAACUGUUUUUAAAAUAAGAUUCCAAAAUUGUUACCUUAUCGCAAUUCAACCACAUGAAUGUGUCUUAGUUUGUACUAUCUACGUCUAUCCCUGUCUAUCCUGUUAGCUUUCCAAAAAAUGAAAUUUAAUUGACUGUGAUUUUUUGUACAGUAAUAAGUAGGUAAAAUAAAUUACGAGAAUUUUUUCACGUCAAGUCACUAAUGUGCUUUGAGUAUAUAAUAUACAUGAUAUGGAGGGCUAAUAAUCCAGCAUUCAGCAUCUGGUUCAGUAAAAGAACCUAUGAUAGCGAUUUUGAUAAAUGAUAAAUGUAAGCGAUGAAUUGAAGUUCAAAUGUUUAAAAAUGUUCAAGGGAAGGCUUAUAACUUCUUGGGUACUCAUUAAACUAUUUUUUACUUUAAAAAAUUGUCUCUAAGGUCCAAAAUGAGUUGGGUUCUUUUACUGAACCAAGUCGAGCGCGCUCUACAGAAUCCUCCACGGAACCUGCUUUAUUAGCCCUCCAUAUCAUGUAUAUUAUAUACUCAAAGCUAAUGUGUUCUAUUGAAGAAUUUCAUUGAAACGUUGUUAGCGAUUACUAAUAAGAUAAUGCUUAUUUUAACAUGUUGAAUGAUACUUGGAUUUUUUUCCUCUAUGAACUAUGAAGUAAACAAGUAAUAAUUUUCUAA